CUCUCUCCCUCCGUCUCUCUCUCUCUCUGUCAGUGAUCUUCAGCUCAGCUCGGAGUCAUGAGGAGGCGCUGCAGAGUGUGAAGAUGGCCAACGCUGUGGCUUCCUACGACCAGCUGGCCCACCAGGUGGAGGUGCUCCGUAAGGAGAACUCCCACCUGAGGAGGGAGCUGGAGGACAACUCCAACCACCUGUCCAAACUGGAGACAGAGACCACCGGCAUGAAGGAGGUGCUGAGGCAGCUGCAGAGUAAACUGGAGCAGGAGGCAGGAACGCUGGCCUCGUCCGGGCGGAGCGACGUGCUGCACCAACUCAAAGAGCUCCACAUGGACCUCACCAACUACUACGAACUCAAGCACCAACCUCACAACCUGAGACUGCUGUCGGGGAGCCUGGGAGGGGCGGGGCUAACAGGUGUUGCAGGGGCGGGGUCGGCCGGGGUCGGAGGGGCGGAGCUAGAUGACCGCUUGGCUCUGCCUCCUUCCUCCUGCUCCUCCUCUGCAGCGGCGGUAAGCAGAGCCAGGAGUCCACUCAGAGCGUCGUCCCGUCUGAGCUCAGCGUCUGGCGUGGAAUCUGCCGCCGUCAUGCUGCCGCAUCACUUCCUGGACGGGGCCCCACCCAAAACAGCUGUGAUCAGUGGAGCCGAUGGACGAAUGAGCGACCACCACCUGGAGGAGCUGUACAAGGAGAGAAACCUCCUGUUGGGGGAGAUCGACCGUGAGGAGAGGGAGCGCUGCUGGUACUUCAGCCAGCUGGAGGCGCUGUCACAAAGACUGGCUCAACUGCCUCGCAUCGACACGUUUUCUUUGCAGAUGGAUCUGAUCCGGCAGCAGCUGGAGUUUGAAGCACAGCAGGUUCGGUCUGUGAUGGAGGAACGUUUUGGCACCAGUGAUGAGAUGGUUCAGAGGACGCAGAUGCGUGUUGCUCGUCUGGAGCAGCUGGAGAAAGAGCUGCAGGAGGCCCGAGGGAGUCAAGAGACCCAGCUACAGCUGUCUGGAGCCGAGAAGCCUCCUGCUGGAGAACCGGACAACAACUCGUCAUCGGCUGCUGCAGCAGGAACAGAUGCCGCUGCAGACGGAGGCAGCAAGGUGGAGAUGGUGUUCUGGCUGCUCUCCAUGCUCGCUAACAGAGAUAAGGAGGAGAUGUCUCGGACUCUGCUGGCUCUGUCCAGCUCUCAGGACAGCUGCAUCGCUAUGAGAAAGUCUGGCUGCGUCCCCCUGCUGGUCCAGAUCCUGCAUGAACCUCCAAGCAGCGGUGGUCCUGGGGAGACGGCGGCGAGCGGUACAACAACCGGCUGCAGCAGAGAGGCCAAAUCCAGAGCCAGCGCCGCCCUCCACAACAUCAUCUACUCCCAGCAGGACGAGGGCCAGGCCCGCCGGGAGAUGAGGGUGCUGCACAUGCUGGAGCAGAUCCGGACCUACUGCGACAGCGGCUGGGACUGGAUCGAGAGCCACGCCGGGACACCGUCACCCGGGGGAUCCAAAACUACCGACAUCCCUGAACCUGUGGACCCUCAGAUCUGUCAGGCCAUGUGCGCCAUCAUGAAGCUUUCCUUUGAAGAAGAGUACCGACGUGCCAUGAAUGAAUUAGGUGGUCUGCAGGUGGUGGCUGAUCUGAUCCACCUGGACCAGGACAUGUACGGCAUGCAGAACGACCCCAUCAACAUGGCUCUGCGCCGCUACGCAGGGAUGGCUGUGACUAACCUCACCUUUGGAGAUGUCGUCAACAAGGCCACCCUGUGCUCAAAGAAGAGCUGUCUGCAGGCUCUGGUGGCUCAGCUGGCCUCCGACAGUGAGGAGCUCCAUCAGGUGGUCUCCAGUAUCUUGAGGAAUCUGUCUUGGAGAGCAGACAUCAGCAGCAAGAGAGUCCUCCGAGACAUCGGCUGUGUGUCUGCACUGAUGACCUGCGCCCUGCAGGCCACCAAGGAGUCAACCUUGAAGAGUCUCCUGAGUGCUCUGUGGAAUCUGUCGGCACACAGCAUCGACAACAAAGUGGCAAUCUGCUCGGUGGACGGCGCUCUGGGCUUCCUGGUCAGCACUCUGACAUACCGAUGUCAAACCAACUCACUCGCCAUCAUCGAGAGCGGCGGGGGAAUCCUUCGAAACGUGUCGAGUCUGGUCGCCACACGUGAAGACUAUAGGCAAAUCCUCAGGGACCACAACUGCCUCCAAACUCUUCUGCAGCACCUGCGCUCCCACAGCCUGACUAUAGUGAGCAACGCCUGCGGGACUCUCUGGAAUCUUUCUGCCCGAAGUCCGAAAGACCAGGAACUGCUGUGGGACCUCGGAGCGGUUAGCAUGCUGCGCAACCUUAUCCACUCCAAGCACAAGAUGAUUGCCAUGGGCAGCGCCGCAGCUUUAAGGAAUCUCCUCACCAAUCGACCCCUGAAAUAUAAGGAUGCUGCAGUUAUAUCCCCUGGCUCCUGCAUGCCCUCACUCUACAUGAGGAAACAGAAGGCUCUGGAGGCAGAGCUGGAUGCAAAACACCUUGCAGAAACUUUUGAUACCCUUGAGAAACAGAGCCCCAAGCACCUGACCCUUAACAAGCCGCUACGGCACAUUGAGAGUCUGGCAAAGGAUUACGCAUCUGACUCUGGUUGUUUUGAUGAUGACGAGGCCCCCAACGUCUCCAGUAGCCUGGACACUGGGAACUUCUCUAUGCUGUCCAUGUUCCUUACCAACUCUAACUUCCUGCAAAACCAGCCACGCAAGAGGGAAAGUGAGCCAGAGAGAGAUGUAGACAUGCCUCAGAUGGUCGAGAAGACACAUGCACCUCCUGACGAUGUGGUAUCUGCCGUGGCAGAGAAGCUAGCCAAAAAGAUUACCAACACGGUUGCCAAGAUUGACAGGUUAGUGGAGGACAUCACUAUGCACACGUCCUCGGAGGACAGUUUUAGCCUCAGCUCUGAGGACCACCUGGCGGACUGGCCUUAUGGACUGGAUGAACUCAAUGAAGCCCGGGCGAAAUCAUGUUCCCCGUGCCGUCUCUCUGAUACAAGCAGCUUGGCCCACAGAGAACGCCUCAGUAGAGCCCACGCUCUCUUGCGCCUCAAAACUGCCCAUACAAGUGUGUCAACAGACAGCCUAAACAGUGGCAGCACCAGCGAUGGAUACUGCGGUAGUAAAGACCAGAUGAGACCUGCUCCAAAAGCUCUAAUGAUGCAACAACGACCCAACCAGCUUGAUCUCAAGGUGGCUCAUCAGGAUUAUCUUAAUGUAGGACUUGCUGCUCUGAAUGAGACUAACCAGCAGGAUAUUCCGGAGAGAGAUUCUGUGGACAACAAAGACACCAGAGCUCUUGAACUCAGCAGUGCAGAUGCAGAAAAGAACCAGGAUCAUCCUGUACAAACGCCUGUCAGUGCAUCCACUAAAGUCUCCUCUGAUGUCAGCAUGACUUCAAUUAAGCUGUCUCCUUCUUAUCAACAAGUCCCACUCAUUCAGAGUGUGGCCAAAUUUGGUGUCGCAAAAACAGCCAUUAAUGUUCAGGCUGCCCAAGCAAUGCGGAGGCAAGCAUGGGUACCUACUGUGAUGACUGGGGGUAGCAUUACGAAAUUCUCUCCAAUGCCAUCCACUAGAAGCCCAACUAUUGGGCCAAUGGAGACGGUCCAGAAAUACUCAGUGGAGAAUACCCCGAUUUGCUUCUCCCGCUGCAGUUCUCUGUCCUCCCUCUCUUCUGGUGAUGGAGCACUUGAUGGACAAAGUGAGAAUGAGCUGGAGAGUGACUCUUCAUUAGAAAUAAUUGAAGUGGAGGAUGGAGAAGUGGUGAAGAGAGCUGAAGAGGAUGAAACCUUGGAGGACCUGAGUGACAGCCAGCUGCUGAUGACUGACUCAAAAACCUUCCCCAGCAAAGAGACCAAUCCCAUUGAGAUUCCCUGUCCUGCCAAAAGGGAAAAGGUGUUCCUUAGAGGAGCUUCACCUGCCAUACUGGAAGACAGAUCUCCAUCCAGUUCGUCUGAGAACUACAUCCAUGAGACACCUCUGGUAAUGAGUCGCUGUAGCUCAGUCAGUUCAUUAGGCAGCUUUGAGUCUCCCUCUAUUGCCAGCUCAAUCCAAAGUGAUCCAUGCAGUGAGAUGAUUGAUGGAACAAUAAGUCCAAGUGAUCUUCCCGAUAGCCCAGGGCAAACCAUGCCUCCUAGUCGAAGUAAGACUCCAUGUUGCGUUGAGUCAAAUGGACCAGAAACACAAACCACGGGAAUAGCAGGCCAAUGGGAAAGCAGCCUGCGGAAGUUCAUGGAGAUUGCGGACUCGAAAGAGAGGUUUAACCUUCCUCCUGACCUGGACACCAUGAUCUACUUCACUGUGGAAAAGCCCACUGAGAACUUCUCUUGUGCUUCGAGCUUAAGUGCUCUGCCUCUUCAUGAACACUACAUUCAAAAAGACGUGGAAUUGAAAUUGACCCCGCUACUUCAGCAAAAUGAUAAAAAUCUUCCUUUCCCUGAUGAGGAUGAGCAAGGAUUAGACCACGGUGAGAGAUACAGUGAGGGUAACUCAGAUGAUGAUAUAGAAAUCUUAAAGGAAUGCAUCAACUCAGCAAUGCCCUCCAAGUUCAGAAAAGUAAGACCAUCCCUGAUGACCACCAUCCCUCCUCACAUUCUCAACUCCCAGAUCCGAAAACAGAUACAUCUUCCAGUGUACAUGAUGCUCCCAAAUGGAAAAACCCAAAUGUGUCCUGGGAGGAGAAUUGUUAUCCCACAAAAGGAUUUGAAAUGUGAUGAUUCCUCCUUCACUGAUUCUGCAGAGGGUACACCUGUCAACUUCUCCAGCACAACAUCGCUAAGUGACGAAACACUUCAGUAUCCAGUGAAGGACAAGGGUGCUAAAGACUGCACAGCUAAAGGCAUGAACAAACAGGAAUUGCUCAACGAUGAGGCGAAGAGGAUCGAAGACUUGAGGAUAUUCUCACAUUUCCACAAACCCAACAGGAUGAACUACCCUCCUGAGAUACAAAUGAACCGAACAACCAAACAUAUCAUUCCCACUCAGAGGGUGCUAAUGCAGAGCAAAGAGGUGGCCGACAGAGUGGCAAACCAAAGAAAUCGCGAUCAGUCUCCUAACCAACAAAAGAAGAAGCAAGGGCAAGGCCCAGUCAGGAAAUUGGAACUGCCCGUUAUAAAGCAAAACACAGAAAGUAACCUUAAUAUGGGAUCACAAAAAGGAAAAACAAUCUUUCGCCAAAUGACACAUUCUUCAGAGGACAGUAACAGCUUCUAUGAUGGCGAAAAUGAAAAAGACGAAGGAAUGAAAAGAACAAGUAGAAAACAGAUCAGGGAAGCAAGCAGAAAUACUCUCUCCCGAAGCAUGACAAAUAUCGGCAGGAUUGAUAAUUCCCAAGCAAAGCCCAGAGGAUUUCACAGGAUUAAACAGAAUCUGAUAAAGGAUGAAUCUCUGGCAUGUUACUCCCUCAGCUCCUCGCUCAGUUCACUGAGUGAUGCCGAGUUUGAGGAUCAGAAAUCAAAAGCCCAGCAGAUAUGGUACAAAAACAGACACAACAAAACACUGAAUAUGAUGAAAGAAAAAAAAAUUAUGAACAUUCACAGUCAAUACGAAGAGCCAAGCUCACCAAGCUCUGUCAGCAUGGAUUCAGAGGAUGACCUCCUUCAGAAAUGCAUAACAUCUGCCAUGCCCAAGCAGAGAAGGAAGCUUGCUGCCAGGAAGAAGAAAGCAGAAAAUACUCAAAAACAAAAGGCCUCUGAUGGGUGGAACAUGGAUGAGGAAAUGGAUAGUGAUGAUACAGCAUGGGAUAAAGAUUCAGAUCUCAACAGUGUUGAAUGGAGAGCCAUACAAGAAGGUGCAAACUGUGUCGUCACUGGGCUGCAGGCAUCCAAGUCUCAGGAGCCAUCCUCUGAAGAGACUGAAUCAGUCCUGUCAUUCAUGUCAACAUCCAGCUUUACACCCAAAGAAAGGAAAUUUGCUAAAGACAAAAAGGCAAAUAAACCUCUAGACUUCGCACAACGCAAGCCAGUUCCAAACCUACCAGUGGUUUUCAGAGGCAGGACAGUGAUCUAUACACCGAAAAAAGAGACGGCUCCAUCGCAAAGACCUCCUCCCAGAAAAGUACCAACCAAGACAGAUGCUCCAAAGAACCCCAACCUCGCUCAGCACAGAUCAAAGAGCCUUCACCGAUUAGGUCACCCCCAGGACAUUGAACUGUCUUUGCCAAAGAGGAGCUCUACUCCACCUCCAAGGAUACCAAAAAGUUCAUCCUCUGGAUCAUCGCAAAGCUCUACACCAUCCAAACAGUCACAGAAGAAGAUAACAUCCCCAACUCAGACAAAUAAAUCUGUCCAGAAAAAGAAUGCCUCACCAGCUAGUAGCUCUCCAGCUAGUAGCCCCCCUGAAAGAAAGGGACGCUCUCCUGUUGUGAAUCAAAAUGAAAAAUCCCCACCACCCAAAACUCAAAAGUCACCUGUCCGGAUCCCUUUUAUGCAAAAUUCAGUCAGGGCUAGACCUCUGUCACCUCUGGUGACUAACCAAGCAAGCACCAAACAAAUCAAUCAGGUCAAUGGGAAAAAGGUGUCCCCCGCCAAUCGAUUUGAACUUGUCAGGAUGACUUCCGUUCAUUCAAGUGGUGGUGAGUCUGAGCGCAAUGGAUUCUUGAGACAGCUGACUUUCAUUAAGGAAUCACAGACUGCGCUGAGACGUGAUGGUACUGUACGCAACAUGCCUGGAUCUCAGAAUGGAUCCCCCCGCAGAGCAGUUCCUGGAGCUUCAGCUGUCUUCCUUUGCUCAUCACGCUGUCAGGAACUAAAGGCAGCUGUGCAAACCCAGAGAAGGGUGCAAGUAAAAGCUCCAAAACAAGCACAGCAAGUCCAGAGGCCAGAACCUGGCCUUCAGAAACAGACUACAACCCUCUCUAGAGCGACCUCCAUUGAAAGGGACCUAUCUGCAAGACGCCCAGCCAGGAGAACUAGCUCUGAAAGCCCCUGCAGGGUGGCUCAGCGAAACGUGUCUGGCAAAGUGUCCGGAGCCAGGCAGCACCAAGACAAAGAUACCUUUAAACGUCACGCCUCAUCACCGAGCAUAAACAUACUGAGCCGAGUGACCAGCCGUUCUUCCCUCCGUUCAUCAUCAUCCGAUUCGAGUGGAAGAGCAAAGAGUGAGGAUGAUACAAAGAAGAAAGGGCAGAGAGCUGCAUCCCGGCUAAAUGACAGAGUGACCUGGAGGAGGAUCAGGGACGAAGAUGUACCUCAGAUCUUGAAAAGCACUCUGCCAGCCAAUGCACUACCUCUGGUGCCUUCUCCUGAUGGGGAAAAGCCAAAGUUACCAGCUCUUCCAGGAAAACUGCCAACCAUUCUUCUUGCAUCUCGCAAGACAAGUGAUGCGACAGUCCAGACAGAAGAUUUUUCGAAUAACAAGACCAACUCGAGCACCUCCCCCGCGGUCGAAACUGCUCCGGUGAUCUCAGAGGAAGUGGCACGAUUUGCGCUACUCAGAAAGAUCAGUGCCACCUCUGGGAGUAACCCUCCGGAUGGAGAUUCAGACGCCUCCCUGAGGAGCCACAGCACUAUCUCCACGGGAACGCCAGACAGCCACGUGGGUGGAGUUGUCCACUUCCGCCAAGGAUCCCCCAGCAAGGCCGCCCGAGUCACUCCAUUUAAUUACACCCCCAGCCCCAUUUCCUGCUGCCUGCAAGACACACAGAGCCAAGCAGCCACAAUCAAUGAGAAGCCAGGGGAAAAGACUGAGUCGUAGGACGUUUAGUGGAUUACUGGACGACACUGAUGACUCUACUGUGUUCCUAAAUGAAAUUCAGCACUCAGGUGGACGGAGUAGGAGUGUGCUGCCCCUUUACCUCGGGUAUUGACCUUUUACUUUCCCCAUUCACUGUAUUCAAGUUUUUCUCUUUAUUUCCUGAACAAUUGAUCACAGCUUCCAUCUCCCAUUCAUACAGGGUUGGAUGUAUGCAUUGAGACAGGUCUGACACGAACAGAUCAUCAAUAACUUUUAGAGAUGCACUUCAGAGAAAAAUCUCACAUGAAACGGAAGUGCAUCUUUUUGUACUUGUUUUGUAUUUGUAGAAUAAUCAUUGCCUGGUAGAAAUGUAGUGAAAACAUAAAGACAAUGAACUUGAUUUCAGCACAUAAAUCACCAUCGGUCUCCUGGACAGAAUCGAUAAAAGAACAAUAUUAUGCAAACUUCUGAAGGAUUACUCAGCUGGACUUUUACCUGAAAAGGUUCAAACUGUGGCGGACUGUUGACAGACUCACACAACAACAUACACUAACAUGUAAAGUAUUUUUUACAUACAGUACAUAAACGCUUUGGGCCUUUGCCUCACCACUCAACUGACUAUGAUACACUGUUAGCCUUUCCUGUGACAUACAGAGCCCAGUAGGGCUGGGCCUACAUUUGUGAUGAAAUAAUUUCUUCAAAUUAAUCACCUUUAUUCCAUUUCACAAUAUAAUCCCAGGCGUCUGAGAUUAUACUGGGAUCUUUGACUGGAAUUAAUAUGUAUCACAGGUUAACAGGAUGGAAUCUUGGUAAAAACUAUUAACAGAUAGAGACAGUGUAAAACACGAUUUAAUCUUUUGAAGGAACAAAAAAUAAAUUUGAGGGAACUUAUUAACUAUGAACCACUGACUCUACUGUGCAAUUUGGAUAAAAAUCUAUCACCAUAUAAAUAAUUUAGAUGUCACAAAACUGAUAUAGACUCAUCAGCCAAAACCUUAAAACCAUCAACAGAUAAAUAACAUUGAUUAUCUUGUUACAUUGCAAUGUUCUGCUGGGAAGCCUUUGGUCCUGGCAUGCACUACCCACCCAAACACUGCUGGGGACCACGAACCCCCACUGAAUGUGACAAGAAGCUCAAUACAUUGAACCAAAUUAUUGAUUUGAGGGAAUGAUUUAUCAAAAUGUUCAGCCCGACAUCUACUGGACUCCAGUUCCUUCACUGUUGCAGAACAUAUAGCAAAUUCUGUCAUUUUCAAAUUCUCAGCUGAUUGUGGGUAACUCUCCUGUACUCGUUGUCUUAAUCAGCAUUGUAAAUAACAUGAAAAUAUACAAAAUCUUCAACGCUUCCUGGUGGGCAAAAGAAUCUGUGUUGCUCCCUGACAGCAUGCUAAUAUAUUCACUGACUGUAUACACACCUGUUAACAUUGUGGACGAUGGAAGACAAUGAUGUUGUUAUUCAGAGGUCACACACUUUCUAAAGCCAGACGAGAGCAUUACUAGCCAUCUGUAUUCAAGUGCCGCAAAGACCUGAAAUGCUAUAAACUGUCAGCACAGAUGAACAAAGCAACUUCAUGCGUCUGUUCAUCGAAUGACGUUAUCUUUGUGUUUGCUUCUAGAUUCAGGCACUGUUUGCUGUUGAGUAUUUCCUGUCAAGAAACAAAAAGAUUUGAUUCAGUGAUGGCUGGGCUUCGAGUCGACAGACUUGGGUCCUUACAGAAGUCUUAAUAACGUGUUAAUAUCUGCUUAACUGUGUUGCUGUAAAAGUAGUGAUAGGUUGAGACAUUGUCGAGUAUUAAGACGAUGAGUAUUCUCUGUAGUUGUACCAUCACUCCUCCAUGUGUGCUCGGGGGUCAAAGACAGCAGAGUGCUGGACGGAACCAACAUGAAGGGGCUGUUUAUUCAUUAAAACAAGGUUUUGUAUUUACCACCCUGCUGUAUUUCCAAAGCAUGUUUUGAGUAUGAAUAAAGCCCAAGUAGCUUCUGAA